UGACGCUCAUGGCACCAUCAAAACAAUUGAAAAUUACGGACCCGGUCUGCCAGAGUGCCAAAAAAGUCUGUCUCAAGCUGCAAGAUGGCAAUUACCACGCGGAGCACUCACCAGCUUCAGAGAGUCCAUCGGAGUCAGACCCACUGGCAUCCCCGUCUGAAGAAUCUCCGGUCAUGGACAAAAGCUUGUAA